AUGAACUCCAACGAAGAUCUAGCCAAAUCCUUCCCUUUCGACAUCAAGAAACGAACUGCUACUGAAGCUGAAAUCCACCCUAUCGUACCUGGAGCUUUGGAAUCGCUUCCCAAACGAUUCAAACAAGAUGGCAUGACAUUGGAACGACAGGUGGAGUUGAAUCAACGUGAAAUGGCAAUGAAUGGACUGGCAAACUUGGAUGAAAGUGCAAUGGUAAGGGAUGGGCAGGUAAGUUUGGGUCAAGGAGAGGUAAGGAGAGAUGAGGUAAGUUUGGGUCAAGGUGAGGUAAAGAAAGAUGAGGUAAGCUUGGACCAAGGUGAGGUAAAGAAAGAUGAGGUAAGUUGGGGCCAGCUAAAUAGAGAGCAAGGUUUGAGGGGUCAAAAUAACCAAAAUUUAGGUAAUCAAAAUAUUGAGGUAGGUUUUGUAAAAAUAAAUAUGGGUAGUGAAGGUGAAUAUGUAUUUGAUGAGGCUGAUGAAGUUGAUGAAAAUGAAGAAAAUCAAAAUGAUGAGGUAGGUUUCGAACAAGUCGUAGAAACUCCAGAACCAGGAAAUCAAGACAAACCGAGGCGUAGGAACGCAGAUGAUUUCAAUGAAGACGACUCGGACGAUGAAAACUUUAUUGUUCAUUCCCCAACCAACGACUCAGAAGACGACGAAGAAGAAGAAGACAGUACUUUUGGAGACCACUUCCAUUACUACAAAGAGCGAACGAUACUGGACGAAGUGAGCGCAUUGUACGCCGAUCCAACAAACGGCCUAUACUACAAUGGGAUUCAGAAAGAGUUUAAAGUUAUUGAUUAUGAAAAUGCAUCUAAAAGAUAUUAUUUGAGAUCACUCGUUGAUCUCGACUACAAAACAUUAGUAUAUAGGGAAGUAGAAGGGGACUAUAUUAGGGAAGUGCAUUACUUAUAUGAACCAUUAAACGUUUUUGGGAAUAUAGUAGCCGAAAAACUAAUAUACAAGACCUUCGAUGAAGAACUGGACCUUGAGUUCAGUGAAGUGCUUAAAACGAUUUUUAGGGAGAUCGACGAAACGCUGGAGAACACGCUACAGAAACUAGGCUAUCCAAUGGAUUCUGAGCUGAUGGUUCAAGGCUUGGAUGCCAUUUAUGAGCAUGUAAAAAGAGUGGUCGAGGGAGAAAUCGAUGUUGAGGACACAGAAUCCACAGAAGAUGAGUCGGAAAACCUGGAAGAAUCGGAGUACGUUGACGUGGAUGGGGCUGAAUUGGGCGAAGAAGGUGGAGAAGUCGCUGAAAUAAUGGCAAACGAAUCAGACGACUAUGAGAUGUUGACAUACGAAGACCUAGAAGCACUAAAACUUGAUCCUGAUGAAUACAAAAGAAAAGUGAAAGAAUGGGUAACGGCUGACAUACAAGAAUUGGAUGACCAAAUGGCACAAUGGGAACACAAAGAAAACAGUGAUGAAGACACGGAUGACGAGGAACAUGAACAGCCAGAUAUCGACGAUGAAGCCAUGAUGGAAGACGAUCGGAAUCUCCCCAAUCACAACGAAGAAGCCAUGAAACACCAGAAGGAAGAUAAAAAAGAACAUGAAAAAGCAGAAGACAAGAUAGAAGAACGACUAGAUUUAGGUGAAGGAGAUCAUAGAGAAACAGACCCGAAGAUUCGCGCCUUAUUCCGAAGACAUGGCUUCGGAGACACGGACACCGACGAUGGACCACUGUUACCGGCCGAUAUUCCAUACAAUCGCUGGAGACGGACACCACCACCAAUAAAAAACCCAUUUGCAACAACUUAUUAUCGGUCGCUUGAGAAGUUGGAGCCAGCUGAAGUGGAGAGAAGACGACGAUUGAGGGAACUCAUCCCAUCUGCACUUUUGAACCCGGAUUUUUGA